CAGCAUCACUUCUUCGCACAACGGACGAGCUUUGCUGUUGCUGAGGUGAACCUUGCCUGGCACCCUUCUACCGAUGGGAGCGGUCCACUCUCUGCCGCUCAUGACAUGAUCCUAGCUCAACGACAGCGACAUGGCUUCUCCGCACUCCACACCCGGUAGCCCUAGGACCUCGUCGCCGUUGACGUUUGAAGAGGACAUUGCACAGUCGCUCUUUUCCUCGCCGGACGAUGCGCAUACGACUGCGACACACAAGGAGUCCGACGAUGCCUGGCCGAGCCACCUUGCUGUGCCCAACACUGCCGGCGCAUCCUCGGCAGCGGAGCCAGUGAAGCAUGUACCGAAGGGGAAAGAGAAGGCUACCAAAGGACCGCUGCGGCUGCUGGAUCUGCCCGUGGAUAUCCUGAAAGAGAUCAUACACCAGCUGCCGCAUACCAACGACCUGACGUCCCUCUCGCUCUGUCACACGGCCCUCCACCGCCUCACGAUACCAUGCAUCUACUCGCGCUUCGAUAUUGUCUGGCCCGACGAGAGCACCCACAUGGAGCCGCGGUCUGGCGUCGAUGCGCUUACCUACGGACUUGCGACACUCGUUAUGGGAGAUGAGUGCUUCCCGCACCAGAGCCAACGUUACCGCGAGCAUGCCGCUCACACGCCGAGCUCGCAAGCAACCACGCCGUACCCUAUCCCGCGCCGGCGGUUCGGCAACUAUUAUGGGCAGUUCACCAAGAAGUUCUCCCUCGGCAAUGGACCGCAAGCAUGGGUGCAGGAGUACGUGAUCACCAAGGAGAGCGGAAAGAUGCUGGGGACUCUUGUGGCGCUUGCAAUUGCGCGUAUGGUCAACCUCGAGACGUUCGUCUGGGACAUGCCUACCGGAGUAUUACGAGACGUCUGGCUUGCGCUGUCAAGUCUCGCUGGCCGGAAUGAUGGCGACGACUGUCGUCUUGAGCGCCUAUGGAUUCGGUGGCAUGACAACACAAUCGAUGCACCUGUGCCUCCACCCGCACCGCCUAUGAUACUCAACAAUGCGAACCUCCCAGCACCUCCAAAUACCACGCAGCCAAGCGGCGUAGGCUCGGUUCCUCCACCGGUCAUCGUACCUCAACCGUUCCCAGCGAGCAGCGUUUCAGCGUUGGAGCGUGUCGAGCAUCCUACCUUCUCGGUCAUUCCCGCGUUGAAGAGCUUGAGCGUUCUAGACAUCGAUGAGCUGCCUUAUCUGGACGAGAUGAGUAUACUCAUCGCAAGGUCCCAGAAGAAGCUACGGGAGCUUCGUGUUGGUAUUGCUCCUCACGCGCAGCAGCGAGACUGGGUGACAGUGUGGGACGGCGAUGGGCUUCAGCAAGUUGAUUACAGUGCUACAACGACGGCAGCAAGUUCAAUAGACGAGAAGAGACUAGGAGGUGUUCUGGGCGUUUUGGUUGGCCGAAUCCACAACAUGCGCCAUUCUGAAGAAUCUUCCCGAAAAGCUAGUGCAAGCGGAGUGCAGGACAGGGUAGUGGAAACGACACCCCUUAAAUCGACGAUAUCGAACCCUCUACCUUCAAUAGCGUCGCUUUCGAUGCAGGACCGGGAUCCUGAGCAAGAUGUGGAUCACUUUGGGAACCCGAUGGAAGAUUCGACCAUCACGGAAGGCAUCAGUCUGUUCAAUGAAACUGUACCAGCUGGUGCUGAGCCUGUGGCCUCACCAGCGAGCCAGCCAGCUACACCGGCGAGAAGCAGGAAAUCCUCAGACCUGACAAACGUCAGAAGUCGUGCGUUUACCGCAGAAUCGCCAGACGAGCCACAAGAGGAGCUGCUAAAUGGCAAGCUGAAGCUGGAGGUUCUGGAGCUCGAACGCAUACCACUCUCUGUAUCUGUGCUGCGAAGGGCAUUCGACUGGUCAAUACUUUCGACGUUGACUCUGCUACACUGCAGCAACCACGAGCAGCUGUGGAAGGUUCUUCGUCGAACAUAUACACCACGUGCUAAUUACUCCGGGUCGCCGUCUUCAUCGAAAGCCUACAAAGCAUCCUACACUCUUCGUUCUGACUACCAGCUCAACCUGAAGCGGAUCCAUACCAACACGGUUUCACCAUCACUCAUCUCUUUCCUCAAAGAGACUUUGGCGCCUAACAGUCUCGAAGUUCUUUUCCUCCAAGAAGGCCGCUCAUACUCGUCUACGGUGACAGUGGACGCUAUAUAUCGCGGUCCAAUGCGAAGGCACAAAGCAAGUCUCAAGAAGUUGAUGAUUGACAGCAGCGAAAAGGGACUGGAUGGACACACAACUACAAGUUCGCGAUGGCGACGAUGGAUGAUGAAUCGAGAGAUAUUGACGUUCAUCACAAGUGGACGGAUGAGUAGUCUGAGAGAGCUGGCGGUGUCGAUCGACUACAAGGACUGGCACCACUUUCUUCAACGCUUACCCUUCAUCCCCCAUAUCCGCUCCCUAUACAUCCCAUUCAUCGCCGACCAUGCGCAUGGUAACAACAUCGAUCCGCGCGAACUCGCAUACCAGAUCCUCGACAUCGUACACCUCCGCCCAGAAAUCGAGCUUUGCUACAUGGGACUCACGCACAAGUGUUUUGAGAUCCUUGAGAAUCGACCCACGAAUUACGACUUACGAAGCGACAGCAUGAGUGGCGAAGGUGGUACCGGCGUGCAUGGGUACGUGGGCCACGAUCCGGUGACCAUUAGCGAUGACGAGAGCGAAGCCACUGAAGACGAGGACGAUGAUGACGAUGAUGGCGCGAUGGGUCAUGGCGGCGAGGAGACGGAGAGCGAGGCAAGUGAUGGGGGCCACGAACAGGACAGCGACGAUGAAUCCUUCUUGCACGAGGAGCACAGGGGACCAAAGCUUAGGGUGCGGGAGAUCCUGUUCUACGAAGAAAGAGUGGAGGCGUUUAGGAGGAGGCAUGGAGUGCUCAGGCCCUAGGGAGGCAAGCAGCUUUAUCGGGGAGCGAGAUGGUCAUGACUUUUACCACGCUGCAUUUUUCGGACAACGAGCGACAAGGAUGGCGUGAAAUUGGCGUACUGGGAGGCAUCGACUUACAGGGGUUUCGGUUUGGCUUUGUUUCCAUGAUGGUUUGUGGGUGAACGACUGUAGUGUUAGCCCCUCUUUGGACGACUUGAGCGAUAGGCGAGGUGUUAUGCAUUUUGAUUGCUAC